UACCGAUACAAGUUGUCUUCACUUUCGCCAGGAACUGAUUACUUCUGUACAUGCCAGAGCAGAGGUACAGUGCGAAUGACCGUAGAAAGGAUUUCAUGAUCAAUCAUAACGAUAGUGACCUGCACCGUCCGGCAAUCGAACCCGAGUCGACCGAUUCACAGUCAAGUGCUUUAACUAUUAUGCUCCCGAACGAUACCUUUUAAUGUGAAAUAUACUAAAAUACCACGGGGUAUUUUAUAUGACAGCCAAAGUCUUCGAUGUUUCUAUAGAGAACUUGUUAGUUAUCUAAUUGCUGUCAUAAUAAUGGGAAUGAAUAGUCGAUACUUUUCUUUCCUCCGUUCUGAAGGGAAUAGCCGACCGCGUCCAAAAUAACGCUUAUUUUUUUUACUCUAUAUAUUUUCAAAAGCAACGUGACUGACAGUGUAUUGAACAUUUAAUCAUUGAACAUAAUUGGUUGAACUUUGAACAGAAAUAGUGAAAUCUAAUAUAACCAUAUAGAUAUCAGGUUUCUUAAAUGAAAUGAUCUAUAUUGCGGCAUAUCUCACAGUGGCAAAAGAUUCAAUUCUCUUUUAAAAGAAAAAUCACGAAAAAAUAAUUACGUUUUAAAUUUUCGAUUCGAUGAUUUGUUGCAUAUCUGUAAAAAAGUUUUAGAAAACAUUACAGUUUAUGCGCUUUUAUCAUAUAUAUUGAAACAAAAUUUGUGAUUCUCGUGUGAAAUAUAAAUAAGAAUGAAAUCAAUUUGGAUGAUAAUUAAUUUCGGUUUAUUAUAUUUGAUGACGUCAUUAAGCAUAUGUGACGCCUACACCGCAUAUGAUGCGAUGGUUCUACAGAGUACGCUGGCCACCAACUAUUCCACUAAAGUCCGGCCAUCAACGACAACAGUUGUCGAUAUCACAUUCGGUCUGAUGCACAUUACUGAGCUCAACAUUGUUAAUCAGCAGAUACAUAUUGUUGGAUUCCUGCUCGCUGCAUGGACAGAUGAUCGGUUGGUAUGGACUGCCACUGAUCAUGGGAACAUGGAUUCAGUUUAUAUACGUCUAUCUGAUAUUUGGUCACCAGCAUUAGUUCUCAACAAUGCUGCGGAUGAAAUACAAAUGAUCAAUGAUGACUCAGACCUAUCAAGUGUGGAUGUUCAUUUAUCUAACGACGGAACCGCCAUCUGGCUUGCACCUGCUAAUUUUGUAGCUCAGUGUACAAUCAAUAUUCAAUAUUAUCCCUUCGAUUCACAAAUAUGUUUCUUUGUGGUUUCAUCUUGGCUUUAUUUAGCAAACGAUUUACAAAUUGGAGGGUCAGGCCUGACUAUCAAUAUGGAUCUGUAUGAGCAAAACGGUGAAUGGGAUAUCAUCAGUUCUUCUGUAGAAAAUAUUACAAGGAUUUUAAUGACACAUCCUCUACCUGGCGUAAAAUUUACUCUCUCCUUGAAGAGGAAAUAUUCGUACUACCUCAUGAACAUGAUACUUCCGGUUAUUGUUUUGGCUUUAAUGGCGCCAUUUGUGUUUAUACUUCCGGUUGAAAGCGGGGAGAAGAUGGGCUAUUGUUUGACCAUCCUUUUGUCGUUGUCUGUAGUUAUGACACUAGUAUCAGAAAGUAUUCCCCCAACAUCUACUCAUAUUUGUGUUCUCAGUGUUUAUCUCCUGCUUACAUUUAUAAUAUGUUCUCUGGAGACGUUACUGACGGUGUUGACCUGUAGAAUUCACGAUUUUCAUCAAAAGGGAUACAAGAUGGGCCCAAAGUUACAGAGCUUGACGAUUGUCCUUGCCAAAAUAACCAGAAGCCACAAAAUUUAUGAAAACAACAGCACAGGGGCAACAUCUAAAAUUAACUUGACCGUAGAAAAGAGUGACCUAAAGCUACAUGAGUCAGUUAAUUCAACUACAGAAAAAAUGAAAGGCAAGGCAUGGGCAGAAGAAACGAACGACAAUAGGAGCGAAUUCGAAGCAGACGAGACUGGCUUCCAGGAGUUUGCUCUAGUGUUUGACAAGUUUAACUUCUUUUUGUUUUCUCUUAUUACAACAAUAGUGACCAUAGUUUCCAUGGUAAUACUCCGAGUGGGCGGUGCCCAAACCUAGUGCUUGUUUUCUCGGACUUUAAAUGGCUGCUGUGUUAAAGAAAUAAUUGAACAUGUACUGAAUGAACACCAACGAUAACAAAAGUUUUUGGUACUUUUUGGUACAUUGUUUCGAUCAAUAUGACAACGUGAUCUAAUUUAUUUUAAUUAACCUAUUUGUUAUAAAAUGAUGACAUUUGUAGUAUCCAUUACAUAAACAUAAUUGAUAGAUGGUAUAUUGUGUUGUUCAUGUCUAUCUUUAUUCGUUUUUAAAUUAUUUUUAAUGUGUCUACCAAAUUGCGAGGUAACAGUUUAUAACCAUGUUCUAAAUAUUAAUAACAUGAAAGAUAUUAUGAAGUUCAGUAACUUGUGUUAAUGUCUAAUAAUGAAGAUGAUAGCAACAUAUAGUGUUAAACAGGAGUCUGAAGUGCUGCAUAACCCUGGUUAACAUAAUCAAAGUGGUAAAACCUCUACCUAUAGGCAAGUGUUUACAGAUAGGAGUCAUGACACGAAAGAUCUUAAAAAAUUCGCUUCUUUUUUAUGGAUGAAACAUUAA